UUACGCGCGGACUGGACACACCUCCAAUGGGAGUUUCCACAAAGAGGUGGUGGUGGAGGAGGAGGAGGAGGAGGAGGAGGUGGUGGAAGGAGCUGAUCACUUCUCCUUUCCACCCUCUAGUCAACGCCAGUCCUCCUCCUUGUACUGGCCGUGGUGGAACAUGCCCGCCGCCGUGGGCAAGUCGUUACGCGCGGCCACCGUGCUGUCCGUGGCGGUCCUGUCCUUCUUGGUGUGCUUGCUCCUCGGCAGCGUGCGCCAUCUCGGAAGCGGCCACGAGGAUCUGGAUGAGGAGCUGGUCUCUCUCCGCUCAGCGUUGAGCCACCAACUCGCGCAAAGACGCCAAGAAAUCCUUCCACUGCUUUCCCCCGGACACGAGAAGGAGCCUUUCUCCACCUGGGAUUCUAAUUUGUGGGGCGAGCUCACGCGUGGUUCCUCCGCCGCUGGAACUCCGCUGGGUUGCGGAGCUCUGCUGGACAUGCAACCGCUGGAGGUGCUCGGCUCUGGGUACACCAAGCUGGUAGUGAAAGUGACGCUGGCUGGAGGAGAGCCGGUGGCCCUCAAGAUGGUCAACGAGCACGGCAUCGACAUGGGCAAGUGCGUGGAGGGCUUCAAGGACCCCCACGGAUGCCGUCAGCUGGUCUCCUACAAGCUCAGCAAGGAAGUUGUCCUCCUGCACAGGUUGCGGCAUCCCAACAUCAUCAAGUUGCGCGGUCACUGCGCUGGAGACGCGGGAACCCAAAUGACCGCCAUCUUGGAGCAGGGGAACCCUCUCCAGAUGCUCCAGCUGCUCCAGAGCCCCUGGGAGGACCGCUUCAGGGUGUGUCUGGACUUAGUCCGCCUCCUCCACUUCUUGUCACGCUCGCCACUAGGCUCGGUGGCUCUGCUGGAUUUUCAGCCCCGCCAGUUCGUUAUGGUGUCGGGCGAGCUCAAGCUCACCGACCUGGACGAUGCCAGCGCGGCCGACACACCCUGCGGCUGCGACGCCGACUGCUCCCUGCAGUUUCCGCACCGGAAUUUUACCCUGACUUGUUCGGCUCGUGGCGUGUGUGAGGGUUUCAAUGAGAAGAUGAACAUUUACAAUGCCUACAGGUACUUUUUCACUUACCUGCUGCCUCACCAGGCCCCGCCCGGCCUCACACACCUGGUGCAGAACAUCAUGAACGUCACAGGUGAGCUGAAAGCCGACAUCAACGAGACGCUGGAUGCUUUCGAGAACAUCCUGCAUCUUUAUCAAUCUGGCCUGCACCUGGACAAGCUGCCUUCAUCCAUACUUCGAGAUUACAACUUGACGCGAGGCAUGGCAACAUCAGGAAACACAGAGUACCACUGCUGGCCAUCCUACAGCCAACAAGGCUGCGUCUUGUCCAUCCACAGUGCCAGCGAGGCUGCACACAUUUGCAACUCGCAUUCGCAGUGCACAAGCUUCACUCUGACUGGACAGAAAACAUGGACAGGUCGCCCACUGGCCAUUUUCAGGAGCAGCUUCAAACUUCUGGUGCCUGACGAAACCUCCGAGGUGUAUGUGAAGAAAAGCACAGCCGUGUAAAUAUGACGCACAGAUGAGACCUCUCAUUUUAGAGAAGAGUAUGCAUUGAGCUCAUUUACUCCCAAUGAUGAUGUGAAGCAAGCAACACGUUGCGCUUAAAUUAGACGAGUCCCGCGGCGUCCAACGGCGUCCCUAAUUUUGCGGGAGAGAAGUCGCAGCCAAGGCGGGUAAAUGUGAUGGAUUUCUAGGCCUUCCGCUCACUGCACUCAUUACAUGCGCCUGCCGGGUCACCGCUUCUGCCAACAGCUACUUGAAGGGAUUUCCCUUCAGAUACAAUUAAGGAAAGAAAGCCUUUUUUUUAUGUUACUACCUUGACUUUAUUUGCUGCUUUUUUGUGAAGCCAGCCCCCCCUGUGGUAGGCUUGGAUGUAAGAAGUCGAGCCGCAGCAUCAGCCCAAAAAGCCAGAGGACGAGGAAAGAAAACAAGCUCUUAUUCGAGUACAUGCUUAGGCUGAUGCGCUGAGGUGCCAACUGUUUUCUCAUGGCUCUGGGGCUUAACUGCACUGUGAUCUGAAUGGGACCUUUACAACGCCGCUUUUAACGUGUGUGUGUGUAUGUGGGGGGGGGGGGGGGGGGGGGGGGGAGUGAUGUCUGUUUGUUUAGCUAGUUUGCAUAAGGUAGCAUUUGAAGCUACAGCCAGGAGCUUGUUUUAGCUCUGUGUGGCGAAUAGUAUAAAGCGCAACAUCUAGUUAGUGUCUAAAGAUACGGCCAGGAACUAAUUAGCGUGGAAAAUAAAGCUAAAUUUAACAAGAAGUUAGCAUAAUCUAUCAUUAUGAUGUCACAGCAAACGGCUAGUCAGAGGAAAGUAGCAUAUAAAAGUCAAUUGGUAAUUAAAGCUCAGUCUAGCGAAUAAAACGAAGGUAAAUAAAACUAACUAAACAACUAGUUAGCUUAAUGGAACAUUUAAAGCCAGAGUCAAAGUAGCUUAAACAAACAGAUAAUGAAGAUAAUGACAUUUUGGGGCCUGAAAUUACAAAUAUUCCAAAACUGUUUUCCAAGCAAUGGUGUGGUUUUUUGGCCUGGCAUGUAUAUUGCAAAUUCUUUGGGGUCAUUUUUGCAGGUUCAUGCAAGUAGAGGCUAGUGGUAAUACUUUUUAUUCACAUUUUUCAAAAACCCAUAAAUGCAGUAAUAUACAUGCCAGUCCAGAAGUUGUCAAUUUGACUUUGUAAUGAAACACCAACUGCUCUUUUUUUUAUUUCGAAAGCACCUUUUCAUGGUCUGUUUGAUAUUUGGAUGAAAGUAAUGCGACUAUGCUGAAUGUAGUUUGUUGCCUUAAAUGCCUCAAUAGCGCUUUGUGCUGACUUUUAUUAUAUUCAAUUUUAUAACAUUUUUCAGUUUUUUGAGACACGCCUUUUUAAAAAAUCUUAUUCUUUGAAAUGUUUAAGUUAAAGACAAGUUGCUGUAUACUACCACUUAAAUCGCUAUGAGCAUUUGCAGCAAAGAUUAUUUCAAAUCAUUCCAGUUCAUUUACAUCCUUUUGUAAACAACUUAAUUUAAUUUUUUUAAUGUGUCAUGAUGAUUGUUCUUACACAAUUGUGCUUGUAGAGUUUUAAGUGCACCUUGUGGGUGAAACCAUUAUUUUCAAUGGAAAAUGACUCACUUCUGUUUUUUAUAUACUGCACCAAAUGUAACUGCAGAGUCUUAUUUUAUAAAUUUGUACUGAUUCUGUC